AUGCUUGGCGGUGUGCUUCCCCUGGUGUGUCUGCUCAUUUCGCUUUGCUCUCUGAACAGAGCUAGGUGGACUGGGGUUCUGGCGUCGCAGGUUGAGCAGUCCACAUGGGGAGAGGCAGCUCAACACUGGAGGAGUUAUACUCUGCAUUGCAUUGUGGGGUCCAAGACAUGUUCAAAGUCAGGUCAGCCGCGUAGGAUGGGACCCCUGGAUCUAUGCAUGUAUUCUCUUCCGUUCGUCUCUUGGUCUUCCCGCGCCCCCAUCUCCGAUUCUGCUGGUGGUUUGUGGCCCCCGCGACACGAACAUUGGCCGGGUUGA